AUGGACUUCGUCAACGAUGAUGACGAUAUUUUCAAACGUCGAGCCUCUAUCAGAUUCGGGAUCGUUGCGAAAUUCUCUGAAGAGAACUCGUACUUACGGCAUCCUGACACAGCAGAACGGAGAGACUUGCCGUUUCCGCCGAAGUCUGCCCAGCUCGGAUUCAAUUUUAAUUCAAACGGGUUAUUCUGCAGCAUGAAAUGGACCCACGAGGCAUGUGCUGCUGACUGCAUAUAUGCGCCGGCCCGUGCAUACCAAGAUACUCGAACAAUGCUUGACGGAAACGGAUCAAUAAGCAUAACCUUGUUUCAAAAGUAA